AAUACGUUAACGGCGGGUAUUAUAAAAAUUAGUUUCGGCCUAAGUAAAGAAAUCGUCGCCCUAGGUAUAGUAAAAAUAAAGACGUACUUCGGAAUAAUAACUUUUUAUAUUUUACCCAUUAAUACUUUAUUUCUCCUAUAUUUAAAAAAUAUAGAUUAA